AUGGCCGACACCGACGCCUCGCCCCCAGCGACCACCACCGAGCCGACCCUACCUCCCCCAAACCGACCAGAGGAGCAUGUCAAAAAGCAGGUCUCCAGCGUAAGCGACUUUGGCACCCGGUUCCUGGACAGCGAGGAGGAUGUGUAUAAUUUCAACGCCUGGGACAAUGUAGAAUGGGACGCGGAGCAAGAAUCCACCGCUCUGGAAUUGAUCGCCAAACAGGCUGCCAACCCGGUCCCCGCGGACCUCGUGCAGAAAUACGACACGGAGGCCUCGCGCAUGUGGGACGCAUUCUACGCCAAGAACACGAAUCGAUUCUUCAAGGACCGGAACUGGCUGCGGAUCGAGUUUCCGGAGAUCUUCGCGGGGUUGCCCGAGCGGAAGGAAGGGGAGGACGGGGAGGGGAGGUUCACCGUGUGGGAGAUUGGGUGUGGGGCCGGGAACACGGUGUUUCCGUUGAUUGGGGCCGCCGAGGGGAAGGAAUUGUUUGUGUGGGCGAGUGAUUAUUCGGCGGUUGCUGUGGAUGUUGUUAAGAGUAACCCGGAAUACGACGAGAGCAAAUGUCGAGCGUUUGUUUACGAUAUCACCUCGGAAGAACCACCCAACAUCGCCCCCGAAUCCGUCGACAUCUGCACCUGCAUCUUUGUCCUCUCCGCAAUACAUCCCAGCUCAUGGAAAACAGCAGUAUCCAACAUCCACCGCGUCCUCAAACCCGGCGGCCUCCUCCUCUUCCGCGACUACGGCCGCUACGACCUCGCCCAACUCCGCCUAAAAGGCGGCCGCAUGCUCGAAGACAACUUUUACAUCCGCGGUGACGGCACUCGUGUCUACUUCUUCACGCAGGAUGAGGUUGCAGGGAUGUUCAAGGACUUCGUUGUGGAGCAGAACGCGGUUGAUCGCAGGUUGAUUGUGAAUCGGAAGCGGGAGUUGAAGAUGUACAGGGUGUGGUUGCAGGGGAAGUUCCGGAAGCCUUUGCGGGGUGGUAACCCUGGGGAGGCGGUGAAGCCAGCGGAGUGA